UCAAGUGCUGACGUUACAUGUUUUUCCAUUUUAUUGCAUACAAUUUAGGAAAUGCCCCAAUUGGGCAAAAACUAAAAAUAGAUAGCGCACGUGUCACCAUACCUUCCCCCUUCCCCCGCCGUGUCGCUGCAUAAAUCUCGCCGGCACUCCCCUCUCCAUAAAAAAGGCCCUUCACACCUCCAUAAAUCAAGUGAGCAAGUAGAUCAACUGUUUUUCUGUUACUAUUCAUUUACUGUGAACUAAAGAUUUGUACUUUUUCUAGAAAAACGGUUCCUUUUUUUUCCUUUAGUUGUGCGAACGGGAACUUUCUAGAUAUGGAUGUUUAGUUUCAUCACUUCUUUCCUGUUCGUGUUGUGAAUUUUAUGCGUUAAUUGGCAAAGGCGAAAAUUGCUCGUCACUUUGCUACCGCCGGAUUACGCAGCGUUCUUAUUUCUCUGAUUAGGGUUUGUUUGGAUUGAGUGAUCAAGCAACGCUUGCGUAAGGGGGGAGGAAAAGGGGGAAGUACAGCGCUACGAAUUCGCAAAAAUGAUAGGAUUAUUGAAGUUGAGACGAUUGCCAAACUACUAUAUUUUCACAGGUUCAAUGGCUGCUUUAGAAGCAGUCCCUCGAGCUCUGUCUGGGGCGGUGCCGUUCCAGGUUUAUAGAAAUUUGAGAUCAGCUUCACUGUUUUCCUGUAAGUAUGGUAGAUCUUAUGGAUCCAUAUCACAAACGGACCAAGGCUCAUCGAAAAAAUAUGUGGGAAGCCAUACAGUUCGAAGUAGUGGCUGUAUUUUGGGAGAAGGACAGAGCAAUCGGUUAAAUUCUUUGCGUUGCAAUUGCAUUGAAAGAGAAAGUGCUCGAGAGACUUCUAGAGAGGAUGCAAGUAAAAGAUUGGUUAGUGAUAAUCUUGAUGAUCAAAGGCUUGAAGCAGCACAACUUUUGAAACAUGAAAAGGAAGCUCCUUGGUAUAAUAAUGAAUUGGCAUCGGAUAAAGCAAUUGGCCAGAAUUUUGGUAGAAUGGAUGCGAAUUCGUUGGAGGAUGAAGCGUGGAAUUUGUUGCGAGCAUCAAUGGUGUAUUACUGUGGCAAUCCAGUUGGAACCAUUGCUGCUAAUGAUCCAAGUGACUCGAAUAUGCUUAACUAUGAUCAAGUGUUUAUACGUGAUUUUGUACCUUCAGGAAUCGCUUUCCUAUUAAAGGGAGAGUAUGAAAUUGUUAGGAACUUUAUCCUUCACACUCUUCAGCUGCAGAGUUGGGAGAAAACUAUAGAUUGUCAUAGUCCUGGACAAGGAUUAAUGCCAGCAAGUUUUAAAGUACGUGUUGUGCCACUAGAUGGUGAUGAUUCUGCAACUGAAGAAGUUUUAGAUCCUGACUUCGGAGAGGCUGCAAUUGGUCGGGUGGCACCAGUUGAUUCUGGUUUGUGGUGGAUCAUAUUGUUACGUGCAUAUGGAAAAAGCUCAGGAGACCUUUCUGUCCAGCAAAGGAUUGAUGUACAGACGGGCAUUAAGAUGAUUUUAAAGCUUUGUUUGGCAGAUGGUUUCGAUAUGUUUCCAACUUUGCUAGUAACGGAUGGUUCAUGCAUGAUAGAUCGCCGUAUGGGUAUCCAUGGCCACCCACUCGAAAUUCAGGCAUUGUUCUAUUCAGCGCUGCUUUGUGCACGUGAGAUGCUUGCUCCUGAGGAAGCUUCUGCAGACCUCAUGAGGGCACUGAACAACCGGUUAGUCGCUUUGUCAAUUCACAUCCGGGAGUACUACUGGAUUGAUAUGAAGAAACUGAAUGAAAUUUAUCGAUACAAGACAGAGGAGUACUCGUUUGAUGCAAUCAACAAGUUCAACAUCUACCCAGAUCAAAUUCCUCCCUGGCUUGUGGACUGGAUGCCCCACAGAGGAGGCUACCUUAUUGGAAACCUGCAGCCCGCGCACAUGGACUUCCGUUUCUUCUCACUUGGAAAUCUAUGGGCUAUAGUAUGCAGUCUUUCCACCACACAGCAGUCACAUGCUAUAUUGGAUCUUAUUGAAGCCAAAUGGUCUGAUCUUGUCAGUAACAUGCCACUGAAAAUUUGUUACCCGGCGCUAGAGGGUCAGGAAUGGAGUAUCAUCACAGGAAGUGAUCCGAAGAACACGCCUUGGUCUUACCACAAUGGAGGUUCAUGGCCUACAUUGCUCUGGCAGCUGACCGUGGCAUGCUUGAAAAUGAAUCGACCCGAGAUUGCUGAAAAAGCAAUCAAGAUUGCUGAAAAACGACUAGCAAAGGAUAAGUGGCCGGAAUACUAUGACACGAAAGGAGCAAGAUUCAUCGGUAAACAGGCACGGCUGUUCCAGAGCUGGUCUAUCGCAGGUUAUCUGGUGGCGAAACUCCUCAUGGAAAACCCAAGUGCUGCUAACAUUCUAGUGAAUGUUGAAGAUGCAGAGCUUUUGAAUAUCUUCUCCUGUACACUGAGUGCUAAUCCAAGGGGAAAACGUCGAAAGGGACCCAAACAGAGUUUCAUCAUAUGAAUUGCAGCUAUGAUUCUAUUGGGGUAAUGUGUCUUUCCACACAGAUUUCUAUUCCUUUCUUUUAGCCGGCAAGAAAUUUCAUCAUGAGAUGCAUGCCAUGCCCCUUUUCACAUUCUUGUGUCAAAUUCCUAAACUCACCACUGUAUAUAUACAAGCCUUUUGUGUACCCAUUUUAUAUGCGUUAGCGUUUUCCAAAGUUUUUUCUCUUGGCAUGUGAUGCUAGCUUGUAAGAACCAAAAAUUAAUAAAAUUUGUAGAAAUGAUUGGCUUUGAUUGGAGAACAA